AUGAGAAUUGUAAACAUAGGUGUCAUGAUGAGCUUAUUGUUGCUUGAAGUUAGUCUAGUCCUUGGGGAUAUAGGCACUGCAACAUCUUAUCAUCCUCCUUAUACACCAACAAGAUGCAAUGGGAACAGAGCAGAUCAGUUUCCAUCAGGUAAUUUGUUUGUGGCAGUAAGUGAAGGGCUAUGGGAUAACGGGGCAGCGUGUGGGCGGCGUUACAGACUGAGAUGCUUAAGUGGAAGUGGUUAUAGGCCAUGCAAGGGUGGCACUAUUGAUGUUAGGGUGGUCGAUUACUGCAAUAAACGCCCAUGCCCAUCAACCAUUGCUCUCUCAGCUGAUGCUUUUUCACAAAUAUCUCCUACUCCUAAGUCGAAAAUUAACAUCGAAUACAUCCAGUACGUUUAA